AUGGUGCUAUUGGUUCGUAUCUGCUUUAAUUGCUCAUCACAAUUGUUCAAAAUUGUUCUUUGUUCUUCCAUACAGUAUGAUAUUGAUGGCACACAGACUGAAAUAGUAACAAUAUCCGGUAAUCUUGGUGAUAGAUGGUUUGGAAAACAAGCUGAAGUACCCACCCUCAAACGAUAUCGUCUUGUGUUUGAAGCAUCUGUAGGAAACAACAAGGAGACGGGGGACAUUGCUAUAGACGAUGUUGAUUUUAGGAGUGGCCGCUGCGGACAUGACUUAUCCUGUGAUUUUGAGGGUAGCCAGUGCCUAUGGGAGAAUACACAGUAUGGUGAUUAUUCAGACUGGUUAAGACUAGCAGGUGCUACCUCGACAUGGAGGACUGGUCCAUCCGUUGAUCAUACCACUGGAACACCGCAGGGUUAUUUCAUCUAUUUUGAGAGUAACUCUGCGACAGUUGGAUAUUCCGCCUGGCUGCUGUCGCCUGCAUUCAAAUAUGACGACACCACUGCCUGCUUUACAUUCUGGUACCAUAUGUAUGGCUCUACUGUUGGUGAGCUUAACUUCAUUGUCAUCGAUGAGGAUACAAAAGAAGAGACGUAUCGAUGGCGACUCAAUGGUCAACAAAACCCUGACCAGUCAACGUGGUUAGAGGGCCAGUUUGGAGUGCUGGCUCCAAGUGAUGGCACAACGACUACAACACCUCAAACAGGACAAACAUUGAUGAUCAGAGUGGAGGCAGUAUUGGGCUACUUUCUGUAUGGAGACAUUGCAUUGGAUGAUUUGAAUGUCGAGGCAGGAACUUGUAAAUAUAAACCAGAAGCAGCAGAUCCAUCCAACCAAGAAACCAUUAAUUGUGAUUUUGAUGUCAACUGGUGUGGAUGGAGCAACGUUCCAAAUGCCGGUCCAGAUGAUAAGCUGGACUGGCAAAGACGCCGGUCAGGAACACCAACCCGUGGUACAGGCCCAAGAGUUGACCAUACUACAGACUCAUUUCAAGGGCAUUAUUUGUACUUCGAGUCAUCUUCUGGAUCUCCCGGGUUCAACGCCCUGCUUCGUUCUGUCCAAAUCUCUGCCACACCGAAUGGUGCCUGCUUCCAGUUCUGGCUCCACAUGUAUGGACAAACUAUGGGCGAAUUAGAGAUCUAUUCAGAAAGUCCUGAUGGCUAUCAAGAAAGACGAUGGAAGCAAACUGGGACACUCCGUGAUGAAUGGGUUUACAGGCAAAUAGAUAUUGUAGCUGAUUACCAUUAUCAGCUCAUUUUUAAUGCUAUCCGUGGAGUUGGUGAUUUGGGUGAUAUCGCUAUUGAUGAUGUUUUCUUUGAUCCAACUGCAGGCUGUCCAGCUCUCGAAAAGUGUUCGUUUGAGACGGACUUCUGUGGUUGGUCUCAAGAGAAGAUUCAAGAUGAUUUUGAUUGGUCUAGGAGCCGUGGUAGAGAACACGAGGACAUUCCUGUGGAUAAAACAGUUGGGGUUGAUACAGGUUACUAUGCCUGGGUUAACACCACUGCUAACCCUGUGAAUGGGGAUAGCGCUAUCCUCUUCAGCCCGACAUAUGUUCUUACCUCUGUACCGCACUGUCUUCGGUUUUUCUACUACCAUGAUGGAAUCGGUGCACUGACCAUCCAUUCUCGCCGUUCUGGGUCGUACUCUAAUGCACUCUGGGUGGCGCCCCCUGUAGGCUACAAAGGAUGGAGGUUCGGCAGCAGUACUGUGACCGAUUUGCUGCUUUUAAGGGAACUGUUGGCUCCACCCCUGGUUCUGUUAUGGCAAUCGAUGAAGUACGAAUCGAUGUAG